AUGGCGGUAAGUUUAAAUCACAAUAUCCUGCUGUUGUUGGCGCAGUCACGGCUGAGGGAAAACCUCAGAAUUACACAAAACCGACAGAGAAACGCAGAGAGACGGUUUAAUCGUUAUGUCCGUCGGAGACGUCUCGUUUCAUCAUUGUUUUUCCGUUUUUUGCUUCGAUUUCUUCUCCGACAUCUUCCUGUUCGCCGUAUUUGGCUAAAACCCCGGUCGCAGAUAUUUUGGGAAGAGACUUGCCAAGAUUGGGAAGAAAAGGACUGGAAUGAGAAUUUCCGCAUGUCUAAAGAAGCAUUUAAUCGCCUUUGCCGAGAACUUUCGCCACAUAUCUCUAAAAGGGACACCAAUUACAGGAAAGCCAUUACAGUGCGCCAUCGAGUUGCCAUAACAUAUUGGCUCGCGGACACGGCUCACUUUCGAACGAUCGGAAAUCUAUUUGGUGUCGGAAAAUCCACUGUUUGUGGUAUUGUGCGACAGGUAUGCGAGGUGAUAGUGAACGUUCUUCUUCCCAAUUAUAUAAACGUUCCCCAAAAUCAACUUGAAGUCCAAGAAAAAAUUGAAGGUUUUAAAAGUCGCGCGGGCUUUCCCCAGGUGGUUGCAGCAGUCGAUGGUUGCCAUGUCCCAGUCAUUGGACCUCGGCAAAGUCCAGAUGAUUAUGUUAACAGGAAGGGAUUCCACUCAUUAAUCCUUCAGGGGCUAGUAGAUU